GCCAACCCAACCGUGUUCAUCCACCAUUCCGUUCCGUUCCGUUCCCUCACCAACCGUGCCCAUCGAACCCCCAAAGUUUCUGUCGGCUCUCCUCCAUCGCCCUCCCCUCGAUCCAGAUCCCUCCAUUUCGCCGCCGCCGCGCCUCUCCCCUCCCGUGGGCGUCCUCAUCCCCGGGACGCCGCUGGUCCAUCCGGGCGGCCUUGGGUCGGUUCCUCCUCACGCCGGUAAGGAAAAGCUCUGGCUUGUCUGCGCGGAUGAUUGCUCGUUUAUGUCCUCGGGAGUUGUUUCUUCGCUGCAGGGCAGUCGAAUCAAAAUCCCCAUUCCAGGAUGUUACGGAUUUGCUUGCUGCGUGGUGGAGUACUGAUGCUAGUUUAAUUUCCAAGAAUCUUGGGAUUCAGCUGAACCACCUUACACGCCUGCCUCCCUGUUGCUGAAUGCUUAAGCUUGUCUGGUGGAUGUUAUUAGUUCUGGUUAUAACUGUUUCUGAUAUGUGUUUGCAUCUUCUGUUGCCACAAUUUUAGCACAGACAACGCGUUUUUGCCUUCAGCAUAAUUUUUCCUGCGUAGGAGAGAUUGAGGAAUUCUUUGCCUCGAGUCCCCAAUCAUUUUUCUAGAAAAAAUCGAAUGAGUUAUCGUUAGCAAGUCCAUCUUUUCUGCUGGUGGGUAGAAUCAGGAUUUACUGGUAUCCCCUACGAUUAGAUAUAUAUUCCUUUCUUUUUGUAACACCACUGAAGAUAUGGAGUAGUCGGAUGUCCCUUUUCUCUUGUCAAACUUUAUAAUUGCAUCAAUAGUACAACUGUUGUCAUGAAUGGUUUACUCUGUUAGUUUCGAAGGCUCUGCCUAGACAGUAACCUGCAAUUACUUGGAAUGUUUGUGCUCCUAUGAAAUCAAGUUCAUCAGCCUAAGUCGAUCUGUUUUUUUUCCUUGGUCUAAGUUUCUUUAAUGAUUGCAGCUGAUUAGACUUAGAAAAUGGAUGCUACUGCUGGCUAAUUGUGAUACGGAUUUAUAUGGACAUAGGUAUUGGGGCCAUGUGUGAGGGAGGAAACUGUUUCUACCUUGUCAGUAAGGAGAGGACUGUUGAUUCUAUCAGGAAAAAACAUUCCACAGUCUCUCAAUAUCGGAUGGCAUUUGAGGCAGCAAGGGUAACGAAAACAGAGACAUCAAAGUUGAAGAACAUCAUUUCGGCAUCAUUCAAACCCUUGUCUCUGACCAUUCCCAUAGGCGACGGAUUCCACGAAUCCUUCCCUUUCAGCCAUUGUCAUUUAUAGUAUGCAAGGUCUUUUAAGUAAGCCAAGGGUUUUUAUUCCAAUUGGUUUGCAAGAGGAGGCGAACAUUGAGGUGCUUCCUAGUGCAUCUCAUAAAGUCAUAAUGCUUGCAUUUGUUGGGUCACAAGAACAGUUUGCUCAACAACAGACGUGCCUCCAUGCUAGGAUGCUGCUCAAGCCUCCUACAAGACCCAAACUUUAUUCAGGGCUUAUGCCUGAAGAGGAACAUGAUUCGUACUCUGAUUUAAUACCAGGCUUGCCUGAAGAUUUGGCAAAGAUUUGUCUUGCCCUUGUUCCUCGUAGUCAUUUUCCUGUUAUGGGUGCAGUUUCCAAGCGGUGGAUGUCAUUUCUUGAGAGCAAGGAAUUGAUAUCUGUAAGGAAGGAGGUUGGGAAACUUGAGGAGUGGGUGUAUGUCUUAACUCCAGAAGCUGGCACAAAGGGGUCCCACUGGGAGAUUUUGGAGUGUUCAGGGCAAACACAAAGCCCUCUUCCACGUAUGCCUGGACUAACCAAAGCUGGGUUUGGUGUGGUUGUUAUUGGUGGGAAGCUCUUUGUUAUUGCUGGCUAUGCUGCUGACCAUGGGAAGGAAUAUGUUUCAGAUGAGGUUUACCAGUAUGAUUCCUGCCUUAACAGGUGGACAUUGCUUGCUAAGAUGAAUGUGGCUCGAUGUGACUUCGCCUGCGCAGAGGUCAAUGGGGUGAUAUAUGUUGCUGGUGGAUUUGGUCCAAAUGGUGACAGUUUGUCUAGUGUGGAAGUUUAUAACCCAGAGCAGAACAGAUGGACAAUGAUUGAGAGCCUGCGCAGGCCAAGGUGGGGCUGCUUCGGGUGCAGCUUCGAAGGGAAGCUUUAUGUCAUGGGUGGCCGUUCAAGCUUCACAAUUGGCAACUCCCGUUUCGUCGACAUGUACAAUCCUAUAAACCAUGCCUGGGGUGAGUUUAAGAACGGCUGUGUGAUGGUCACGGCUCAUGCUGUUCUUGGUGAGAAGCUCUUCUGCAUCGAAUGGAAGAACCAGAGGUCUUUGGCAAUCUUUAACCCAGCUGAUAACUCAUGGCAGAAGAUCCCGGUGCCGCUUACAGGUAGCUCAAGCACUCGUUUUUCAUUGGGCAUACAUGACGACAAGCUGCUGCUCUUCCCGCUGGAGGAAGAGCCUGGAUAUCAGACGCUGAUGUAUGAUCCCGCUGCGCCGACGGGGUCUGAGUGGUGCACGUCAAAGCUGAAGCCCUCAGGAUCUUGCCUGUGCAGCGUGACCAUCAAAGCAUGAUGAUGCCCUAGAGUGCAAAGGUGGUGGCAGUUUACUGUCCUUAUAGGAUGGAAUCCUGCUUGGUUCCUCUUUCAGUAUUCUGAUGAGGCCCGUCUUUGGUUGGCCUCAUGUGCAAUCUUGUUUGCUUACAACUUUUAUUGGCUCGUUGCACUCUUAAACAAUAAUUUGAAAUUUAUGUGCUGGUUCAUUGAAUUGCCAUAGCACCAUGAUGUAUUCUCACUUCACAUGUAUUGAACUCUAGUUCUGGGCUUCUGGCCAUAGGGCUUUCAAUUGAUAUGGUCAUUUUGGUAGCAAAA